AAUAGAGAGUGCCAGAGUUAGAGGGUCAAAUAAAGAUGGAAGAGAUGUGUUUUUAGCCAAUUCUAGAAGAUGGCUAAGGACUCAGCUGCUCGGAUUGAGUUGGGCAGGUCAUUCCAACAGGAUGGAACAGUUCAUGUAAAAAUCCUUAAGUGAUUUUGUUCCUCUUUGGGAUGAUGGCACUAUAAUGCAGUGUUCACGUGCAGAACGCAGCUUCUAGAGGCACAUAAUUCUGAAAUAAUGAACAGGUAAAGGGGUGCAGAGCCAGUGGUGGUUUUGUAGGCAAACAUUAAUGCCUUGGAUUGUACGCAGCAGCUAUUGGUAGCCAAUGCAAAUUGAUAAACAGGUGUGACGUGUAUUCUUUUCGGCUCAUUAAAAAGUAAUCUUGCUGCCGCUUUCUGGAUGAAUUGUAAAUGUUUUAUAAAACUGACUGGAAACCCUGUCAAGAGAGCAUUGCAAUAGUCCAGCCAGGACAGAACAAAAGCUUAACAAGGAGUUGUGAAGCAUGUUCCGAAGGAAACAGCAUUUUUUAGUGCAAUAUUUAUUUGAUGCACUAAGUGCCGCUGUUGGUCAAGCAUGUGUUGGCUUUUAACAUUUGUUUUUAGAUCCUCCCCACUUUGUCACAUCAUAUUCUGCAGAAUAUCUUUCAUUUGCACUAAAGCAUCGAUACAUUCGCUGUCUGGUGUUUUCGGAUGAACUUUGAUAUUUUCCAAUCUCUCUGAAUAAUUUGUUAUUGGUCUUUUCUUCUGUAGUGGAAUAUAAGGCUUGGAUUAUGUCGGUUCUUUGUUGUUUUUACGUCCAAAGAGGCGCAUCUUCGACGCGGAUUUCAUCAUGGCUAAUGCAGCCUCUAGUGCUGCUGCUCUUUGUCAUGGCCGUUGCGCGCGGGCAGGUCCGUUAUUCUAUUCCAGAGGAGAUGACAAAGGGCUCACUGGUGGGAAAUAUCGUUCAGGAUCUCGGUUUGGAUGUUAAGAGGCUGAAAUCUGGUCGAGCACGGAUCUUUACGGAGGAUAGUCGUGAGUACAUCGGUCUGAAUGUGGAUAAAGGGACUCUGGUAGUGAAAGAGAGGAUAGAUAGAGAGGAGCUGUGUGCUCAAGUGUCUCCCUGCUCCUUAAAUUUUCAGAUUAUUCUAGAAAAUCCACUGGAGCUGCAUAGGAUUGAUGUAGAAAUAUUAGACAUCAAUGAUCAUGCUCCUUCUUUCAUGAACAAAGAGAUGAUUUUUCAAAUAAGCGAAUCAGCUUUAUCUGGGGCUCGAUACUCUAUUGAUAGCGCUAAUGAUCCGGACGUAGGUUUAAAUUCACUUCAGACAUAUAGGUUGAAUCCAAACGACCAUUUUGUGCUCAAAACGUUGUCUCAUUCUGACGGCACUAAAUACGUGGAAAUGGUCUUGCAGACACCAUUGGACAGAGAAAAACAGGAAGGGUAUAAUCUGAUUUUAUCUGCGUUUGAUGGAGGAACUCCUCAAAAAACGGGUACAGUGCAAAUACACGUUAUUGUCUUAGAUGCAAAUGACAACGCUCCUGUUUUCAGUCAGUCUGUGUAUACAGGAAUUGUCGCUGAAAAUGCGCCAAUGGGUUCAUUAGUCUUAAAGAUAAGUGCAACUGACGCAGAUCAAGGAACAAAUAAACAAGUGUCAUAUUCAUUCUCACAAAUCAGUAAAAGCAUAUUGAAUAGUUUCAGUAUUGAGUCCACUAAUGGUGAUAUUACAGUUAUUGCCCCUCUAGACUUUGAGAAAUCCAAGAAAUACGAAUUAAAUGUGGUGGCGACAGACAAUGGUGGUUUAACAGAUACUGCUAAAGUUAUGGUGGAAAUUACAGAUGUUAAUGACAAUGCUCCUGUAAUUAAUGUAAUAUCUUUCUCAAACCCUUUGCCAGAAAAUUCAGCUCCCGAAACUGUGAUAGCGAUGCUGAAUGUCAAAGAUUUAGAUUCGGGAAAAAAUGGAGAGGUUAGAUGUUUAAUUAAUCCUAGUGUACCAUUCCGAAUCAGACAAUCAUCAUCAAAUUUCUAUAGUCUGAUCUCUGACCAGCUUUUAGACCGUGAAAAAAUGUCUGAAUAUAAUAUCACAAUAACAGCUAUUGAUGAGGGCUUGCCUUCAUUCUCUACUAAUAAAACACUGACUCUAAAAAUCUCUGAUGUUAAUGACAACGCCCCUGUGUUUCAGCGUCAGUCAUACACCUCAUAUGUGAUGGAAAAUAAUUCCCCCGGAGUCUCUAUUUUAUCUGUUAAAGCGCAUGACAAAGACUCUGGCAAUAACGCGCGUAUUUCAUAUUUUCUAGAGGAUAUUCUUGUGAAUGGUGUCUCUGCAUCGACGUUAAUUUCAGUGAAUGCAGAGAGCGGAGAAAUUCUUGCUGUCCGUUCGUUUGAUUAUGAGCAAACAAAAGAAUUUAACAUUCGCGUAAAAGCGCAGGACGGAGGAAAUCCUCCUCUCAGCAGCAACGUGAGCGUGAAAAUAAUGAUUCAGGACCAAAAUGACAACGCGCCUCAGGUUCUGUAUCCGGUCCAGUCAGGCGCUUCUGUGGUGGCUGAAAUAGUGCCCCGUUCGGCAGAUGUGGGUUAUCUGGUGACUAAAGUGGUGGCUGUUGAUGUGGACUCUGGACAGAAUGCCUGGCUCUCAUAUAAACUACAGAAAGCCACAGACAGGGCGUUGUUUGAAGUGGGCUUACAGAAUGGAGAAAUAAGAACUGUACGCCAAGUGACAGAUAAAGAUGCUGUGAAACAAAGACUCACUGUUGUAGUGGAGGACAACGGGCAGCCCUCUCGAUCAGCUACAGUCAAUGUUAACGUGGCGGUGGCGGACAGCUUCCCUGAAGUGCUCUCGGAGUUCACUGAUUUUCCGCAUGACAAGGACUACAACGACAACCUGACUUUCUAUCUGGUCUUGGCCUUGGCUGUAGUUUCGUUUCUCUUUAUCGUGUCUAUCAUUGCCAUAAUGUCAGUCAAAUGCUACAGAUGGAGACGCGAGCAGAUGUUCUACAAAUCUGGAGCGAAUCUUCCAGUUAUUCCGUAUUAUCCGCCUCUUUACGCAGACGUAGGGGGCACAGGAACUUUACAGCACGUGUACAAUUAUGAGGUUUGCAGAACCACUGACUCCAGAAAGAGUGAUCAGAAAUACAUCAGACCUUGCAGUGAGAGCAUCAUUAGUCUGGACAGCAGCGGGACACAGACACUGACGCAUGCGCAAAGAGGAAAACUGAAUAUUGACCAUUCUUUUGAUCAGGUAAACUCUAGUGAAUGGUUAUGAAUAGGAUUUUCUAGUGUCCAUUUAUUUUAUUUUUAUUU